GUUUAGAAAGGACAGACGAGUCCUACAAGGCUACAAUGUUGAGUAAAUCAUACGGAGUAUUAAUCUAAGCUGUAAAAUAAGAAAGCCUUUUUUCGCUCUCAAUCAGAAUUCGCGCAAGGAAGACGACGUUGAGGCCCGACAAAUCUUGCCUUCCUCUGUCUCCUCUCUCCGAUUCCCAUUCCCCAUUCAAAAUAUAAUCUUCAGCCGAUUGUUACAACUUCCCUAUUGAAAAUUCGAUCCCGUUUCCAAUUCAUACGACAGAGUGCUGGGGAUCUAAAUUGCGUAAUCAUGAAGACGGUCUAGAAAUGGCAUCAACUGGAGAUACGUGGGGAAAGGAGUAUAAUGAAGCAGUGAGGCUUGCUGAGGAUAUCACUAACAUGAUAUCUGAAAGAAGUUCCUUGCCUGCUACUGGGACAGAGGUUCAGCGGCAUUCUUCUGCUAUUAGGAGGAAAAUUACUAUAUUAGGAACUCGACUCGGUAGCUUAGAAUCACAUUUGUGCAAACUACCUGGAAAGCAGCCUUUGUCUGAGAAAGAGAUGAAUCGCCGCAAGGACUUGCUUGCAAAUUUAAAUGCAAAAGCAAAACAGAUGGCAUCCACUUUAAACAUGUCUCAUUUUGCGAAUAGAGACAGCUUACUCGGACCAGAAGUAAAGCCUGUGGAUGUCAUGAGCAGAACAGAUGGCCUUGACAAUUCUGGUAUUGUAGGUCUUCAGCGACAAGUAAUGAAAGAACAAGAUGAAGGCCUUGAGAAAUUGGAGGAGACAGUAAUAAGCACCAAGCAUAUUGCACUGGCUGUCAAUGAAGAACUUAGCUUGCAAACAAGGCUCAUUGAUAAUCUUGAUCAGCAUGUUGAUAUCACGGACUCCCGUCUGCAGAGAGUACAAAAGAGACUUGCAAUUUUAAACAAACGCACAAAGGGUGGCUGCUCCUGCAUGUGCAUGCUUUUGUCAGUCAUUGGGAUUGCGGUUCUCAUUACAGUGAUAUAUCUUCUGUUCAAAUACUUGUGAUGCUGGACGGAUUAACCUAUAAUGAUGUGUGAAGACCUCGCUUAUACCAUGUUUGGAUGUUCCUUACGGAUUGUCUGUUGUAUUUAUGUAUUUGGUUGUUUCUGAGCAAAAUGCUAUACCCUCAGUGUGUUCAUAAUGUGUUGUGCUGCAGUGUCUUUUACCUUUCCCCCUUUUUGUGCUGUUCAAAAGCGGGUAAUAUGUUCUUAAGGCGUAAAACAUUUGAGCCCAUACAUUCUCUCUCUUGGUAU